AAUUCGUGUAGGAAGGAAGUUAAUGUCAUCCGAUGGACAUCGUAUAUUAGGGGUGUCACUUUAUCGUUUAUCAUCUUUUCAACGAGGAUGUCACUGUUCAUUACGGUGCUGGCUUACGUACUGUUCGGCUACAAAAUAACGGCCGAAAAGGUGUUCGUGAUAACCGCCUAUUACAAUAGCUUACGUACAACCAUGACUGUUUUCUUUCCGCAAGGAAUAACACAAGUAGCGGAAGCGAUGGUAUCCAUAAGACGUCUGCAGAAGUUCUUAAUGUAUGACGAAUUAACACCUUCUAAGAUUGAAACAAAGAAAAAUAACACGGAGAAUAACGUAAAAGAGAAUAACAAAACUGCGAUGGAGAAUAACAGAAAAGAUGAUGUAAAAGAAAAUAACAAAACUACGAUGGAGAAUAACCAAAACGACGCGAAGAAGAAUCUGAUUGAGCAGAAGGAGAAUAAUGACGUGAUCGUACAGCCGAGCUGUGUCGAGCAUAGCAUCUGCAUCGAGAACGGCACUGCCAAAUGGCUGGAUUAUGAACGAGAAGAUACCCUACAGGGUAUCAACAUUAAGGUGCGUCCCGGCGAACUGAUUGCUGUCGUCGGCCAGGUCGGCACGGGCAAGAGCAGUUUAUUGAACGUCAUUCUGAAAGAAUUACGUUUGCAAGAAGGUUCCAUUCAAGUUAAUGGAAAGAUUGCCUAUGCCAGUCAAGAACCGUGGCUUUUUGCAGGUUCGGUGAGACAAAAUAUUCUAUUCGGAAGAAAGAUGGAUCAGGUUCGAUAUGAUCGCGUGACUAAAGUGUGUCAGUUAAAGAAGGAUUUCAGCCUGCUGCCUUAUGGUGAUAAGACAAUUGUAGGCGAGAGAGGUAUCAGUCUUUCCGGUGGUCAGCGUGCAAGAAUAAAUUUAGCGAGAGCUGUUUACGCUGAUGCCGAUAUAUUCCUCAUGGAUGAUCCUUUGAGCGCCGUGGAUGCCCAUGUGGGCAAACACAUGUUUGAUGAAUGCAUCGAUAAAUACUUACGAGGCAAGACUCGGAUUCUCGUCACUCAUCAAUUACAAUAUCUUCGCGACGUCGAUAGAAUUAUCGUUCUUAAGGACGGAACUAUUCAAGCUGAAGGCACUUAUGAUGAGCUGGGAUCUAUGGGAGUGGACUUUGGUCGAUUGUUGGAAAAUCAAACAAAAACGGAUGAGAAAUCUUCUCAUCCCUCCUCAGCUCCCGUUAGUCGUAGUAAUUCGCGCACUGCCAGUAUCUCAUCAUUAAGUUCUUUUAUGACGAAUGAUACUUCGAAACAGGAACCUGAUGAAGUGGCUGAGACGCGAACUGUAGGCACUGUUUCUGGCGAAGUAUAUACGAGUUACUUACGCGCUGGCGGGAAUUGGUGCGUUAUAGCCAUAGUGACUAUGCUUUGUAUAUUGACACAAUUAGCGGCUAGCGGCGGUGACUUUUUUCUCGCGCAAUGGGUUAAUAUAGAGGAACAUUAUAUGAACCAAACGGAUGAUGGUGUUGUAGAAGAUUCAAAAAGUCCCCUCACUCGCAUGCAGUGUAUCUACAUUUUCAGCGGCCUAACUGUGCUCACAAUCUGUAUUACUCUGAUUCGCUCAUGGGCUUUCUUCUGGACGUGUAUGCGAGCCUCAAUGCGUUUGCACGAUCGUAUGUUCCGCAGCAUCAGUCGCGCCACUAUGCGAUUCUUCAACACCAAUACAUCGGGACGUGUGCUCAAUCGUUUCUCGAAAGAUGUAGGAGCCGUUGACGAGAUGCUUCCAACUGCGCUUAUCGAUUGUCUUCAAAUCGGAUUAGCGCUGUUGGGCAUCAUCAUCGUGGUAGCUAUCGCGAACACGUGGCUGUUAAUACCCACAACGUUAGUCGGCAUUGUCUUUUAUUACUUGAGAAUCUUCUACCUGGCCACCAGUCGCAGUGUGAAACGUCUUGAAGGCAUCACCCGCUCGCCGGUUUUCGCUCAUCUGAGCGCGACUCUUCAAGGGUUACCAACAAUCCGCGCGUUUGGGGCGGAAGCGAUCCUCACGAAGGAGUUUGAUAAUCAUCAGGAUCUCCAUUCGUCCGCGUGGUACAUCUUCAUCGCGUCUUCGCGUGCUUUCGGUUUCUGGCUGGAUGUUUUCUGUGUGCUGUAUAUUAUGUUAGUCACACUGAGCUUUCUCGUGCUAGACAACUACAGUCGAGGUUCAAUGGAUGGCGGAUUUGUAGGCCUAGCGAUUACACAGAGUAUCGGUCUCACCGGCAUGUUCCAAUGGGGCAUGCGCCAGAGUGCCGAAUUGGAAAACCAGAUGACCUCGGUGGAGCGUAUUCUUGAAUAUAGCAAAGUGGAUAGUGAGCCUUCUCUCGAGAGUGCUCCUGAUAAAAAGCCUAAAUCCGAGUGGCCGCAGAAAGGCAAGAUCGAGUUCAAGAAUGUAUUCCUGCGCUACGCGCCGUUACAGCCUCCAGUGCUCAGAAAUCUCUGCUUUGUCGUUCUUCCUCAGGAGAAAAUCGGCAUCGUCGGUAGGACCGGCGCAGGCAAGUCAUCCUUGAUCCAAGCACUCUUCCGCCUGGCUGACAUGGAUGGUUUGAUUGAGAUUGACGCAAUCGACACGAGUCAGAUCGGCUUACAUGAUCUCCGUUGCAAGAUCAGCAUUAUUCCGCAGGAACCAUUCUUAUUCUCCGGCAGUCUGAGACGGAACCUCGAUCCGUUCGAUUUGUAUCCAGACG